UACAGAGAAACCCUGUCUCGAAAAAAAGGAAAAAAAAAGGAAAAAAAAUUCUUAUCUGAGAGAAAUUUCAGGGGCCCAAGAGAAAGGCAGAGGACUGCUGGCCAUUUCUUUAGUUUUAAUGGUAGCCUGGGGUUACAAAGAAAGCAGAGGUGGAUGAUUACUGCUUCUUCGUUUGACUCAAAUCCUCGCAGCCCCUGGUACCAGGAGAAGCAACAAACCUCAAAGUUACCAAAAGACCUUUCCGGGUGUGUUCCCUCUCCUUUAGUCCUGAAUGCUCAGGCUCUUGGCUCUCAGCUCCCUCACAAACCUCAGAUCUUCAGAUUGAUCGGAGACAAGAUCUCCCCAAGUAGUAUCCCAGUUGGCCUGGGGCUCAUUAUGUAGACCAGUCUGGUCAGGAACUCUUGGUCAAUCCUCCUGCCUCUAACUCCGAGUGAAGCACUUGAGAUUACACAGUGUACCACCACCAAAACCAGCUUUUUUUUUUGGUCAGAGUUUCAAACUCCCCAUGUAGUUGACGGACACUGAUUUUAAACUGCUGAUUCUGCUUCCACACUGCAUAUGUUGAGUUUGCAAUGGCUACCUCUGCUUUCCAAGGUCUCCAUACUGCCCUGCGUUCUCAUUCCUGGUACAGAGUAGGAAGCCGAAUCCCUUUUUUGGGUGCAACCCUGCCCCCUUGCCCAGCUUGAUUUUUUUUCCCACAGCACUUGUCCAAACAUACAGCAUUCCAUAUACUAUGAAAUAAUCCCAGCUGGCUUUGAAUUUGUGAUCCUCAGUGGGUAGCUUGAAUUACCAAAAGACCCACACCCCCAUCUCCACAUCGUAAGAUUAUGGCACGGUUUCUUCACUUCUGUUACUGUAGGUGCUCAGAAAUGGGGUUCCAAAGUCUGGAGAUGUAGCCCAGUGACCUAGAAUGCACAUUCUGGGUUCGAUGGCCAGCACCGCAUAAAAUAGGUGUAGUGAUGUAUUCCUGUAAAACCGACGCUGGCGAGGCUGGGGCAAGAUCAAAAACUCUAAGGCAUCAUCCGUUACUUGUUACUUAUCCAGUUUGGGGUCAGCUUGGGCUACUCAAGGGCUGUCUUAGAGAAAAAGGCAAAAAAAAAAAAAUUGAAAAGAAUGGAAGAUGAAUGUUUAAAGAGCGAAUUUUCUUCUCAUCUGCUAAGAGGUGUUCACCAUUUCUCGUUUGGGGUAUGAGGCGAGACAUCCCGAAUCUCAGGUAUCACAAGCGCUGUGGUGGUUUUGGAAACAGCUCUUUCCACUGGAGUGAAAUCGACUCCCGCGGAGGGGGGGCGGAUAGUAUGCUCACUCACCCCGGGGCAGCGGGCAGGGCCGGGAAGGUCGGGUUUGGCCGCCGUGACUGGCCUUGCAAGGCCCCGCCCCAAUGGGCGGAGCCACCGCAGGAUCAGCACGUGUAAAAAGUUCGGCGCGGGUCUCCGCAGGCCACUCACCUGAGCGUCCGGCGGCCCAGCGGGUUCUCUGAACCUGCGCCUUUACUCCAUGUCCCGCCGCAAGGCCGGCUACGUGCCGCGCCGUGUAGACCCCAAACCCGACCAAGACGACAUGGAGACACCAGAGCUCGUCAUUGAUGUGAAGCCAGAGCGCGAUGCGGGGCCCUUGGCCCCGAAGGACGCGUCCAUGCCGGGGCCCCUCGGUACCGAGCGUCGUUUCGGCACUGCCCCGCUGCCCCUCGGCGCGCGCAGUCCGUGGGCCCCGUGGAUACCGCUGAGCCCUGAACCUUCCGACCGCCAGCCCUGGACCGACAAGCACCCAGAUCUGUUGACCUGCGGCCGCUGCCUGCAGACCUUCCCACUGGAGGCCAUCAUCGCUUUCAUGGACCACAAAAAACUGGGCUGUCAGCUCCUCCAGGGCGUCGGCCCCAUUUCAGAAUCCAAGGAGAUGAAGGCUCUGAGCUGUCUGCGAUGUGGCAGACAGUUCACUGGAGCUUGGAAGCUGCUAUGCCAUGCCCAGUGGGAUCAUGGGCUAUCCAUCUACCAGACAGAAUCUGAUACCCCAGAGUCCCCACUGCUGGGCCUGGCUGAGGUAGCUGCAGCCGUGUCGGCGGUGGCAGUGGUAGGAUCAGUUGAGGACAAGCCCCCCACAGUGAGUAGUGCGGCCCGGCGGAGCCCCACUUGCUUGGUGUGCAAGAAGACCCUCAGCUCUUUCAGCAACCUCAAGGUCCAUAUGCGUUCCCACACUGGUGAACGACCCUACGCCUGUGACCAGUGUCCCUACACCUGUGCUCAGAGCAGCAAGCUCAACAGGCACAAGAAGACCCACCGACAGCUGACACCUGGGAGUCCCUGCACCCCUGCUACCAACAGGGGGGUCUCCCCAACAGCCCCUCCAGAACCAGCUGACCAUGCAGCUGCUCCAGCCAGCACACUCCCACACCAGGAGGUGGAGAAGGCUGGAGCUGCAGCCACAGCAGGAAUACAGGAACCUGGGGCCCCUGGCAGUGGGGCUCAAGCAGGCCCAGAUGCUAUGGACUGGGGAGCCACUGCCAAAGUACAAAGGACUGACCCUAUAAAGAGUGAGAAGCCAACACCCAAGAAGACCCCCAAGUCGACAGGCAAGAGCCGCGGACCUGGGAGCAGCUGUGAGUUCUGCGGGAAGUACUUUGCCAACAGCAGUAACCUGACAGUACACCGGCGCUCACACACUGGUGAACGGCCCUAUGCCUGUGACCAGUGUCCUUACGCCUGCGCCCAAAGUAGCAAGCUCAACCGCCACCGCCGCAUGCAUGGUCUGGGACCUGGCAGUCCCCGCUAUGAGUGCCCACACUGCUGUGUGCCAUUUGGCCUCCGAGCCACACUGGACAAGCACCUGUGGCAGAACCAUCCAGAAAUGGUCUGAGUAGUUCUGUCAUCUCUUCAUCCUUCCCAUUAUGUGAAUAAAUCAUCUUGUAUUUA